AUGGGCGACAACCUGGAGGAGCGAUUGAAGAGCCAUGCCCGGGCAUUUGAGGGCCUGAUGUCUUUGAUACCUGCCAAGGACUACUAUGGAAAAGAUGAGAGUAUCACCAGCACACAAUGGCAAAAGAAGGGGAAGAAGCAGACCCUCGAGGAACGCCAGGCUGCCAAGCGCGCAAAGCUAGAUCCCGCCUCACAUAAGAGCGCCAAAGACGUCAUGGACGAAAAUGCGCUUAAACGAAAGCGUGAAUUAGAGGGCGACGUCGAGGUAUCCGAAGCCGAGUCCUCCGACCUCGACAUGGACAUCACCAAGGAGAAGCCCCUGGAGGGAAUCAAAACCAAGGCAAAGAAGCAGAAGACUCAACCCGUAGAGCCCGAAGUCGAAGAAGACGAUGAGGCUGCUGAGACCCGUGCGCUAUCGAAAGCGGAGGCCAAGGCCGAGUUGAAAGCCGAGAAACGGAGAGAGAAGAGGAAGGAGAAGCAGGCAAAGAACAAGCAAAAGCUGGAGGCGAAGAAAGCGCAAAAGACAGCCUUUACAGGCCUUGCCGCCACCGACAAGACUGAGGAGCCCCAGUCCGAGGACGAAGAAGAGGACGAAGAUGACGACGGGGACGACACCGAACACCCAGACGAUCGCAUACAAGCUUUGGACGUCAGUGGUCUUGUCGAAGAGGGUCAGUCUACUGCUCCCUCCACUACUGCCAAUUCCAAUUCCUCUACAGCCUCAGUCGCGUCUGCUGCCUCAUCGACGUCAUCAAUGCCACAAUCCACUGAAGACGCACCAUCGAAGAAGGCGAAGAAGCCCUACACAAUCGAUCCGCAAAGUCAUGAAAACUUCCGAGCCAGACUAAAUGCGAAGCUCGAAGCUAUGCGUGCAGCACGGAAAGCCGACGGCCCCGACGGCCGGCCUGCGCGGAACCGGGCGGAGCUGAUUGAGACGAGGCGGAAAAAGGAGGCCGAGCGAAAAGCGGCAAAGAAGGCUCAACGUCAGGAAGCAAAGGAGGACGAGGCACGGCAACAAGCAGAAGAGCAGCUCGCACGGAUACGAGGCGGUUCGGGCUCACCUUCAAUAUUCCCUGCCAGAUCACCCGAGACUGAACGCAAUUUUAACUUUGGCAAGAUUGCAUGGGAUGGACAACAGCUCGACAGCAAUCUAUCUGGCUUCUUAGAGAACAGGAAGAAGAAGGGCAAGUCAGACGCGAAGACGGCGCUCGAGGCCGCUCAGAAGAAGCAAGCUCGAAUUAAUUCCUUUGACGAGGACAAGCGCAAGGACAUCCAAGAAAAGGACCUGUGGCUAGCUGCCAAGAAACGUGCCCAAGGCGAGAAGGUCUUUGACGAUGUAAACCUCCUCAAGAAGAGCCUCAAGCGUCAACAGAAGCAAAAGGAUAAGAGCAAGCAGGAGUGGAAGGAAAGACUCACCAAUGUCGACCAAGGAAAGGCAGCCAAGCAGAAGAAGCGAGAGGAGAAUCUCAGGAAGAGGAAAGAGGACAAGGGUCAAAAGGGCAAGAAGAAGGCGGUUAAGAAGCCUGGUAAGAAGGUCAAGCGACCUGGGUUUGAAGGCACCUUCAAGUCCAAAUAA